AGGAAAACUAAACUAGGCCGAUCCCCACUCUACCCCGACGAAACCCACCUUCCCCCUACCCGGCCGAUCCAGAUCUCCACUCCCUCACACCUCCCCCGUUCUCCUCGCCGGACGCCCGUCGCCGGCGGCGACCCAUCAUCCUCCGCCCCCUCCGCGUCUCCCGGCGGGCGGACGCACGCGCGCAAUGGAGCAGCUCCGGACGAUCGGGCGGGAGCUGGCGAUGGGGUCGCAGGGCGGGUGGGGGCAGUCGAAGGAGUUCCUGGACCUGGUCAAGUCCAUCGGCGAGGCGCGCUCCAAGGCGGAGGAGGACCGCAUCAUCUCGCGCGAGCUGGAGCACCUCAAGCGCCGCCUCGCCGACCCCGACGUGCCGCGCCGCAAGAUGAAGGAGCUCCUCCUCCGCCUCGUCUACGCCGAGAUGCUCGGCCACGACGCCUCCUUCGGCCACAUCCACGCCGUCAAGAUGACCCACGACGAGUCCCUCCCGCUCAAGCGCACGGGGUACCUCGCCGUCGCGCUCUUCAUCGACGAGCGCCACGACCUCGUCAUCCUCGUCGUCAACACCAUCCAGAAGGACCUCAGGUCCGACAACUACCUCGUCGUCUGCGCCGCGCUCACCGCCGCCAGCCGCCUCAUCGGCGAGGAGGCCAUCCCCGCCGUGCUGCCCCAGGUCGUCGAUCUCCUCGCGCACCCCAAGGAGGCCGUAAGGAAGAAGGCCGUCAUGGCGCUCCACCGAUUCUACCAGCGAUCCCCUUCCUCCGUUUCCCACCUCGUCUCCAACUUCCGCAAGAGACUCUGUGAUAAUGAUCCUGGGGUGAUGGGUGCAACUCUGUGCCCACUCUAUGACCUGAUUUUGGAAGAUCCAAAUGCGUAUAAGGACUUAGUUGUUAGUUUUGUUAACAUCCUCAAACAAGUUGCGGAGAGGAGGCUUCCAACUUCCUAUGAUUACCAUCAAAUGCCUGCACCAUUUAUUCAGAUAAAACUACUGAAAAUACUUGCUGUGCUGGGUAGCGGCGACAAGUCAGCGAGUGGUCAUAUGUACACUGUCUUGGGUGACAUAUUCAGGAAGGGUGACACAGCGAGCAACAUUGGGAAUGCAAUAUUGUAUGAAUGCAUAUGCUGUGUCUCAUGCAUUUUCCCAAACUCUAAGAUGCUAGACGCUGCUGCUGAAACAACAUCGAAAUUUUUGAAGAGCGAUAGCCAUAAUCUUAAGUACAUGGGAAUUGAUGCUCUUGGACGACUAAUAAAAAUAAAUCCUGAUAUUGCAGAACAGCACCAAUUGGCUGUUAUCGAUUGCUUAGAGGACCCUGAUGACACUUUGAAGCGUAAGACUUUUGAGCUUCUUUAUAAGAUGACAAAAUCGACUAAUGUUGAAGUGAUUGUUGAUCGGAUGAUCGAGUACAUGAUCAGCAUAACUGAUCACCACUAUAAGGCAGAAAUUGCAUCACGUUGUGUUGAGCUAGCAGAACAAUUUGCGCCCAGCAACCAGUGGUUCAUUCAGACCAUGAACAAAGUCUUUGAGCAUGCUGGGGACCUUGUCAACAUUAGAGUGGCACACAAUUUAAUGCGGCUUAUCGCUGAAGGAUUUGGAGAGGAGGAUGAAGGUGCUGAUAGUCAAUUGAGAUCAUCAGCUGUCAAUUCCUACCUCCGUAUUCUGGGGGAGCCAAAGCUUCCAUCCUCAUUUUUGCAGAUCAUAUGCUGGGUUUUGGGGGAAUAUGGAACAGCAGAUGGGAAGCAUCCUGCUUCCUAUAUUAUCGGGAAGUUAUGUGAUGUUGCAGAGGCCCACCCAACUGAUGAUACUGUCAGGGGUUAUGCAGUCUCGGCAAUUUUGAAGAUUUUUGCAUUUGAAAUUGCUGUUGGAAGGAAAUCUGAUAUGUUGCCCGAGUUUCAGUCAUUGGUAGAUGAAUUAUCAUCUUCACAUUCAACAGACUUGCAGCAGCGUGCAUAUGAGGUACAAGCUUUACUAGGCUUGGACAAACAGGCUGUUGAAAGCGUAAUGCCCAUAGAUGCAAGCUGUGAAGAUAUUGAGGUCGACAGAAACCUCUCAUUUCUGAACAGUUAUGUGCAGCAAGCCUUGGAAAACGGUGCGACACCUUACAUUCCUGAAAGUGAACGCUCAGGCGUUGUAAGUGUUGGUAACUACAGAGCCCAAGACCAACAUGAGACAUCUGCCCAUGCUCUUAGAUUUGAAGCCUAUGAGCUACCUAAACCUUCACUACCUACAGCAACCUCACAAAGUAGUGUUUCCCUGCCGACUACUGAUCUUGUUCCAGUUCCAGAACAAAGUCACUAUAGGGAAGACCAUCAUCAGGGAAGGUCCCAUCCAUCAGCCAAUGCAGUUUCUGGUGAAUUUGGUGCCAAACUUCGUCUUGAUGGGGUUCAAAAGAAAUGGGGAAGGGAAUCCUAUACCUCCUCUUCUACACCUUCAAGCUCGACCUCUAGCCAACAAGCAGCCAAUGGGGGCUCUAACUCGGAUGGAGGAUUGGUAACUUCACAGGCACGUGAGUCCUCGUAUGGUUCCAAGAGUCAGCAGGGAACAGAAGUUUCAGCAGAAAAGCAACGGCUGGCUGCUUCACUUUUUGGUUCCUCAGCUGCUAAACCUAAUCGGAAGGGACAUGCUGGUCGGAAGGCAGCAAAAGAGAGUUCCUCGACUGAGAAAGUAACACCUCAGCCUGCUAAGGAGCAAGUAACCCCUGCUGCCCCACCACCAGAUCUGUUGGAUCUGGGUGAAGAGCCUGUUUCAUCAAGUGCUCCAUCUGCUGACCCCUUCUCGCAGUUAGACGGGCUACUUGGACCUGCAUCAGCCUCUCCCGCGCCUUCUGGAACCUCAGCUCCCAGUGCUUCCAACACACCAGAUCUUAUGUCCAUCUUCUCGGAUGAUAUACAAACUGGAGCCACAAGUGCAUCCACUGAACCCACACAAAAAGGAGCAACGACGAAAAAGGGCCAUAGCCUUCAAGAUGCGCUGCAGAAGGACGCCACCGCGAGGCAGGUUGGCGUGACCCCAACAGGGAACAACCCAAAUCUUUUCAAGGACUUGCUAGGCUAGAAUGUACCUGAGAUUUUCAGUGUGCACAAGUUGGGCAAAACGAGUGUGCCCCCAAGAUGGUGUUGUCUGUGAAGGGUUGGUGUGAUCAUGCUGCUCGAUCAGCACAGGAAACGAGUGGUGUGUUUGGUUUUGAGUCGCAAGGUAGGACCUUUCCCCCCUCGCAGCUGGGAGGGGGUUUGCGCGGUUGAGGGGGUAAUUUUCCUGUCGCGUUUUUCCGCAUGGCAAAAUUUUCUUGUUGAGACUAGUGUGUACAUGUGUUUAUUAUUGUUGUGUAAUCUGUACAUGAUGAUGAGGCCAGGGUCCAGAAGCGUUCUUUUGUUGAGCUCGGAAGGGUAGGGGAGGGCCUGUCGUGUCGAGUCAAUGUUUUAUGUUUUACCCAUAUUGGACAUAUACAGUAGCUGGACACUGGAAAACUAGAAAUACUUUGUCUUGUCAAUUCCUUUUAGAACCGGACGGAAUAAAAAUGUAAGCUUGCCAUUGGCAAGUGACAUGUUGUGGUCUCUAGAUGUGAAGUUUUUGUUUUAA